AGGAUUUCUGGUAAAGCAUUUGUUUGAACAGCGGAUCCUCAACUUCUCCAGGAUGGCAGCGCGAAAUAUCAAAAUAGUUUUCUUGGUUCUGGCGUUGGUAGUAAGCUUUUUUCUUUUUAUUCUGUCCCAAGAAAAUUAUCCAGAAGUUGAAAACUGGAAAGACUUCUCCAGAGGUAAAGACAGAUUGUUUGAUGGAUUAUGGAAAGAAAACAUAACUUGGUUACUUGGUUUGGCCACAGAGACUGGAAAAAUGGAAAAAACCAACAAUUACUCUUACGUUGAAACUCAAAGGGCAGCCUCUGAGGCUCCUAUCCCCAUCAUAAAACAGAGUUCAUUCAACAAGAUUCCUCAGUGGAGUUUUGAGGAUAUAUAUAAUCUGGAUGCUCCACCAAGACCAACAACAUGUGCCCAGUCUCUGCGUAACUCCAACGACAAGAACUUCCAGAAAGCUUUCCUUCCCAACAUACGCAUGUUUCUACACAAAGAUAACCUCAACAUCAGAGAGUGGAACCGGCUUUCACACUUCAACAAUCCUUUUGGUUUUAUGGAAAUUAAAUAUGAUGAUGUUAUGCCUGCAGUGAAGCUGAUCCCAAACCCAAAAGAACCACUGCUCCUUCCAAAACCAGGUGGGGAUGGCUGUGUGCACUGUGCCGUGGUGGGAACUGCAGGCAUCCUGAACGGCUCAAAAAUGGGAGUGGAGAUUGAUGCUCAUGACUACGUCUUUCGGAUGAAUGGUGCAGUGAUCAAGGGCUAUGAGGAAGACGUAGGGAAAAGAACAUCAGUUUAUGUUCACACUGCCCAUUCGAUCACAGAUUCCCUUACAGUAUUUCAGGAGUACGGAUACAAAUCUGCUCCACAUGAUGAGGGAAUAAAAUAUGUCUUGAUUCCUGAGGGUUUGAGGGAUUUCCAGUGGCUCCAGGGCCUUUAUAAAGGAGAAAAGGUUUCCUCUGGUGAAUAUCAAGAUAUAAAACCAAGAAAUUAUUAUUCAGGGCAGUUCAGUGAAGACCGCUUCUAUGUUCUGCACCAGGAUUUCCUGCGAUACGUUCGAAACAGGUUUUUAAAAUCAGAUUAUCUCAAUGAAGACUCCUGGGCAAUUGUACGACCCACCAAUGGGGCGUUCAGUCUCUUUGUGGCUCUGCACACUUGCGACACAGUGAGUGCAUAUGGAUUCAUGACAGACGACUACAGCAAAUAUUCAAACUACUAUGCUGAAAAGCGUCUGGGGAGCGAAGUCAUUUUCUAUAUGAACCACGACCUCAUUCUGGAGAAGAAUCUUUGGAAGAGUUUUCACAACAAAAAAAUACUAAAGCUGUAUCAAAGAACUGGAUCAAAAGGUGCAAAAAAGCAAUAGGAUCACUGAGUGGUUGAAGAUGCAGUUACAGCAUCAAGCGUCAAAGAGACUUGUUAGCCAUGUGCAGAAAAUAUUAGAGGCAUUGUUGUUUUUAUAAAUGUUUGUUAACUUGCAGCUAAUUUUCAGUCAAAUGAACUUGAAAUGUAUGUAAGUGUCGCAAACACCUCUGGAACAGUUUAUUGUGAAAGGAAACUGUGCACAAUGACCACAUUUAGCCAAAUAAGCUACUGAAAUGAAUUCUGUUUAUAUUUAUCAAUCAUGUUGGAUCCAUUAUUGUAUUAUUUUAUGCAGCAAUAAUCUAUAUUUUGUGUUUGUCAAAUUUAUUCGCUAUGUGGUACCUUUAGCACUAUUUUACUUUGAAAAAUAAGUACAACCAAAAAUAAAUAAUUCAAUCAUCAUUAUGUCUUGGUGUAAGUUCUAAUUAGCAAACCAAACUAAAAUGAUCUUUUUCAAAAAAUAAUAAAAGCCGAAAUCUUCUUCCUACCCCAUUUUAAACAACAUUUUGCUGUUAUACUGUGAAUAGCAGGAUAUCCCUGUUGAUAUUACAUAUUAUAUUUUCCUGUUUCUUUAACUCUUUUAUUUUCCAAUCAUGUUUGAAAUAAAAUUAACAAACAAACUAACCAGAA